CAAGAAAUGGAGCUAGGCAGAUUCGACCUUGCGAUCUGCUGAGAUUGAGCAGACGGCUACAUAAUUUUCUCUAUAUAUUGGACAGCAAGAAGUUAUUGUGGAAAGAGUAAAAAUGGAAGUUGAGGACGAAAUAGCAGGGAUGUUCACGCUCUACAAAGAUGGCUCUGUGCUGCGACCUGCACAUCCCACCACGCCUGCAUCUUCACAUUUCACAGACGGCGUUGCAUCCAAGGACGUCGUUAUAAAUCCGGAAACCGGUGUCUGGGCUCGCAUAUUUAAACCCGAAACCGCUUCAGAAAAAUCGCCACUGCUGAUCUAUUUUCAUGGUGGAGGAUUCGCGGAUUUUUCCACAGCCUGGGUGGAAUACCACAACUUUUUUCACAAUUUGUGUAAAACCGCUGGCAUAAUGAUAUUGUCGGCGGAUUACAGGCUGGCACCGGAGCACCGGCUGCCGACGGCCUACGAUGACUGUACGGAGACCGUGGAAUGGGUCGCAAAGCAUGCCGCCGGUAGGGCAGAGAUGCCGGAGGAGUGGCUGUCGCCGUCCGUCGUUGAUUUUUCCCGGUGUGUUUUGGCCGGAGAGAGCGCUGGAGGGAAUAUCGCUUACCACGUGGGACUGCGAAUUGGUGACCUGGACUUGAGGCCGUUAAUGGUGAAGGGAGUGGUUGCUAUUCACCCCUUCUUUGGGGGUGAGGAAUUGGUAGAGUCGGAGAAAGGGGAAGAGAUGAUGAGGUUCGUAGAGAUCUGCAAAUUCACUUGGCGUGUGGCUCUUCCGGUGGGGUCCAGCAGAGAUCAUCGUUUCAGUAAUCCGGCGGUUUUACCCCUCGAGCCUGGUUUGAAAUUACCGCCGGUUUUGGUCGCCGUCGGAGGAAAAGAUGAACUUAAAGAAAGAGGAGUGAUGUUUUAUGAAUAUUUGAGAAGUUGUGGAAAGGAGGCGGAAUUGAUGGUGGAGGAAGGUGGAGUCCAUGCUUUUCACAUUUUCAUUCCUGAAUUUGAAGGCACUCUGCGUCUUAUACAGCGUAUAUCAGACUUUGUUAAUAUGUGCUGAACAUUUUUAAAAUUACUCUUUCCGACUGUGAUUUCCUUUUAUUAUGAGUAGAUAGAUGUAUAGGGAGCACAAGGGCAGCCCAGAAAUUUCAAUCCGACCAUGCAUCUCAAAUAAAAUU